UGACAUGGCGCUGUGCUGAGCGUGGCUGUGUGUGAGAGGGUGUUAUGGUGGUGUUGGAGAGUCUGAGCUGUGAAUAAGUUGAGUUUGAGCGGAAUGUCUGUGUUCCCCGCGGUCUCUCUCUCCUCCCGUGUGAGCGGAGAGCUCAGUAUAUGGAUAUAGAGGUGUGGAGCGGGUGUUUCAGCGGAGAGUUUAGAGGAGGAGCGGGAGGAGAGAUAUGAGUUCUGUGCAGCAGAAUGAUGAUGAGCUCUGCUCCUGACUCUCCUCCUCCUGUUCCUGAAGAUUACUCCCUCCAGCAGGAGAACGAGCUCCAGGCCCUCGCCUCCAUAUUCGCGGAGGAUUUUCAGGAUAUCCGGCUUAAACAUCCCUGGAAGGUGAAACGCCCCCCGGAAGUCUACCUGAGCUUAAGACCCAAAGGGCUGAGUUAUGGCCAAGAGUGUCACGUGACUGUGGACUUGGAGGUUAAAUGUCCACCAACAUACCCUGAUGUGCCCCCAGAGUUUGAGCUGAAAAAUGCCAAAGGUCUCUCCAAUGAUAAGCUUCAGAAACUUCAGUCUGAGCUUACCAAACAGGCCUUGGAAAGAUGUGGUGAGGUGAUGAUCUACGAGCUUGCAGACUUUGUGCAGAGUUUUCUGACGGAACACAACGUUCCUCCGUCUCGCUCCUUCCAUGAGGAGAUGCUGAAGAACCAGCAGAGACAGCAGGAGAAACUGGCUCUUGAGGAGCAGCAGAGGAUCGACCAGCGGCGCCGGCAGGAGGAGCAGAUGCAAAAUGAGAUACUCGCUGAAAUCCAGAGGCGAGAAGAGGAGAGGCGAGAGGAGAAGAGGAAGAAAGAAAUGGCCAAGCUGGAGCGCGUGGUGCAGCCGGUUGUGGGAAGCCCAACUCUGAGCAGUGCUGCUUCCCCUGGACCUCCCAUGGAGUCUGCAGACAACAGGAAGAGUUCAACAAACAGGCGUCGGACCACCUCCAACAGCAGACACAGGCGAGACACUUACAGUGAAGAAAGUCCAUGUCUUCAUGAAGCCCUGCACUUCAGUAACAGUGCUGUGGGAGAGGUUCUCGUUCACAGAGGGAAGUGCAUAGGUGAGAGUGAGAGACUGGGCCGGAGUGUGUAUCAUGCUCUCAAUGCCACAUCUGGAGAGUUUGCUGUUGUGUACGAGUGGAUCCUUCGCUGGAGCAAAAAGAUUGGGAAGUUCUUCACCAGCCAGGAGACGGAGAAGAUCGAGAAAUGCAAAAAACAGAUUCACGGAGCUGAGAGUGAGCUGAACUCCCUGCUGAAGCUGCAGCACCCCAAUCUGGUGCACUACCAGGCCCUAAGCUGCACUGAGCGUGAGGACUGCCUGGUGGUGAAUCUCCUGGCUGAGUACGUCCCCGGGUGCAGCCUGGCCCACAGCCUCUCCACCAGCACUCCAGUGCCUGUAGACGAGCUGCGUCACCACGCCACCCAGCUGCUCUCCGCCCUCGACUACCUCCACUCCAACUCUGUGGUCCACAAGCAGCUCGGCGCCUCCUCCGUGCUCCUGGACUCCCAGGGUAACGUCAGGCUGAUGGACUACAGCUUGGCUAAACGGUUAGCUGAGGUGUGCAGGGAGGACGUUUUUGAGCAGGCUCACGUGCGCUUCAGCGAGGACACUCUGCCCACGCGGACGGGCAAGAAAGGGGACAUCUGGAGCCUGGGGCUUCUUAUUCUCGCACUUAGCCAAGGACGAGAGGUCCACGAGUACCCGGUUACUGUUCCCUCCGGCCUGCCUGCUGACCUGCAGGACUUCCUAAAAAAGUGUGUUUGUCUUAACGAUGCUGAGCGCUGGACCACGCAGCAGCUGCUGGACCACUCCUUCCUCCGACCACCUUCACCAAAGAGCCUUCCUCCCUGCCAGGAGCCCAGUCCAGAAGACUUGGGUGUGGAUUUUGCGUCUACGGUUAUUCCACAGGCCCAUCUCCUCGGGGGCCCUUUCAGUACAGUGGUGCCGAAACAGUUCUCCCGUUACUUCUCUGAGUUUGAGGAGCUGCAGCUUCUGGGGAAAGGAGCUUUUGGAGCCGUCAUCAAGGUGCAGAAUAAGUUGGAUGGCUGUUACUACGCUGUGAAGCGGAUUCAGGUAAAUCCAGGAAGUAAGCAGUUCCGCCGUAUUAAAGGGGAAGUGACCCUCCUCUCUCGCCUCAACCACGAGAACAUUGUCCGCUACUACAACGCCUGGAUCGAGCGGCACGAGACCCCCUCCACCGGAGUGCUGAGCAGCGACAGCUCUGAGCCUCCCAGCACUCCCGAGCGUCCGCCCGCCCGACGCCGCGUCAACGAGCUGGGGCUCCUCGACAACGUGGAGGACGACGCCCCCCCACCGGCUCUGGCCAGCUCGGUGGAGUGGAGCACGUCUCUGGAGAGAUCGUCCAGCGCCAAGUGCAAGACUGCUGACUCCAGUGACGAUGAUGAUGAUGAUGAUGAUGAUGAUGACGACGAUGAGGAGGCAGAUGUGUUUUGUCCAUCUUUCCUUCCCUCGAACAGCGACUCAGAAAGUGACAUUAUCUUCGACAACGGCGACGCCAGCAAGGACAGUGUUGUGCAGGAUGAAUUAAUGAAAAAGAAAGCAGUGGACACAGCAGAGAGCACUGACUCUGAAAAGCCUCCCCUUAUUGCACAUUAUCUGUAUAUACAGAUGGAAUACUGUGAAAAAAGCACUUUAAGAGACACAAUUGAUCAAGGCCUUCACCGGGACUGCAGUCGCCUCUGGAGACUCUUCAGAGAGAUACUGGAUGGCAUUGCGUACAUUCAUGAACAGGGAAUGAUCCACAGGGACCUGAAACCCGUCAACAUCUUCCUGGACUCUCAUGAUCAUGUGAAGAUCGGAGACUUUGGAUUGGCUACCGACCACCCAGCUACUGCGGCCUCAGAAAAGCUGGAGAUCGAUGAUAAUAACUCAGCUCUGGUCUUAAAAUCAGACCCAACAGGCAACAUGACGGGAAUGGUUGGCACUGCGCUGUAUGUCAGCCCAGAGGUCCAAGGAAAUACCAAAGCCACCUACAAUCAGAAAGUGGAUCUGUUCAGCUUGGGCAUCAUCCUGUUUGAAAUGUCCUACCGGCCAAUGGCUACAGCUUCUGAGCGCAUAACUGUCCUGAGCCAGCUCCGAAAGGAGUCCAUCGACUUCCCUGAGGAUUUUGGUGACUAUGAGAGUGGAGCACAAAAGAAAGUUAUUUGCUGGUUGCUGAACCACGACCCCGCCCGGCGGCCCACAGCGGUGGAGCUUCUGAAGAGCGACCUCCUCCCGCCUCCUCAGAUGGAGGAGUCCGAGCUGCACGAGGUGUUACAGCACACUAUGGCCAACGUCAUGGGCAAGGCUUACCGCACCAUGGUCAACCAGCUGUUCUCCCAGAACCCCUCCCACGUCAUGGACUACACCUACGAUAUAGACAUGCACAAGGGCAGUUUCAACAUCAGCAGCGCCAAACUGCAGCAGUACGUGUACGAGACCAUCACCAGAGUCUUCAGAAAACACGGUGCAGUAAGACUACAGACUCCACUGUUUCUGCCCAGGAACAGGAAGUUGUAUGAGGGCUGUGAACUGGCCUGCUUUAUGGACCACAGUGGUAUGUUGGUCACCCUGCCCUAUGACCUGCGGGUCUCAUUUGCCAGAUUUGUGGGCAAAAACAACGUCUCACAUGUCAAAAGGUACAGUAUUGAGCGAGUGUUCAGGCCUCGUAAGCUGGACCGAGCUCACCCCCGGGAGCUGCUGGAGUGCGCCUUUGAUAUAGUGGUGCCUGUGACGGGCAGUCUGCUCCCUGAAGCUGAAACCAUCUACACCAUAUCUGAGGUGAUCCAGGAGUUCUGCGCUCUCCAGGAAAGGAACUACACUAUCUACCUGAACCACACCAGCCUGCUGCGAGCUGUUCUACUGCACAUUGGAGUUCCAGAGGACAAACUGAACCAGGCCUCCAAUAUACUGUGUGAUGCCAUGAGUGAAAAGCUGACAAAGCGCGAGGUGGAGGCCAAGUUCUGCAACCUGUCCCUGUCCAACAACAGUUUGCAGACGCUGUAUAAGUUUAUUGAGCAGAAAGGGGAGCUGCAGGAGCUUGUUCCCCUCAUCAACUCUCUGACCAAGCAGAAGACAGCAGUGGUCACUCAGCUGGCCAAGCAAGGCCUGAAAGACCUGGAGGAGCUCACAGGUCUGCUGAAGAAGCUAGGAGUUAAACUACAGGUGGUGGUGAACCUGGGGCUGGUCUAUAAGGUGCAGCACCACUGUGGAGUCAUCUUCCAGUUUGUGGCCUUCAUUAAGAAACGCAAGCGCACUGUGCCUGAUAUAGUGGCAGCAGGAGGACGAUAUGACCACCUGAUUGUGCAGUUCCGUGCCCCAGCAGCCACUGCUCCCGUGCCUUCAGCUGUGGGGGCCAGCAUAGCUCUGGAUAAAAUCUGUACCGCUGUGGCAGCAAUGGAAGAACCGCCUCUUAUUAGCUCCUGCGAUGUGCUAGUGGUACCUGUAGGCCACACCUCACUGGGCAGGGCCAUUACUGCUACUCAGAAGCUGUGGACGGCUGGAGUGUCGGCGGAUUUGGUCUACGAUUUGUCACAGUCUCAGGAGACGCUGAUGGAACAGUGCAGACUUGCAGGAAUUACCUUCAUGGUUCUUGUCUCUGAUAAAGAGGGCAGCUAUUUUAAGGUGAAAACCUUUGAGAAGGACCGCCAGCUGGAAAAGAGGAUUCCUGAUUCGGAGCUGGUGGAUCACAUCAUUCAGAAAUUAAUUUCAUCCAGGACCAAACUCUCUGAAGAAAGAGGCCGAGAGAUAUCAGAGGGAACUUCUCUCCAGAAUCCCAAAGGAUCAUUGCUGGUUAACUCAGGAUCUUCAGAGCAGCAUGGAGGCAGCGCUGCUAUGAGCAUGAAUGUAAACCUGGUUACGCCGGACAAGGUUUCAGCCAGCACCCGGCGGCGCUAUGAGACGCAGAUCCAAACCAGAUUGCAGAAUCUUGGUAGCAAUUUGCAGAACAAGAGUAAUGACAUAGAGGUUCUGGCUGUGGACCUGCAGAAGGAAACCCUCAUCAACUUCCUGUCCCUGGAGUUUGAUGGAGAGGAGCAGUUCAACAUCAGCGUGAAGCACCUGCUGUCCAGACUUCCUAAACAGCGCUACUUGAAGUCCAUCUGUGAGGAGAUCCACCGUUUCAAAAUGAUUAAAAGGGUUGCAGUGGUGGUGUUGUACAGUUACAGAGACGACUACUACAAGAUUCUUCUGUAAAACGGGACGGAAAACAAGGAUUUCUCUCUCUUUUUAUGAAGGUUAUGAAGAUUUUGAGUGUGAUGUUGGAGAUUUACAGCUUCUGAUCUUGUAGUUUUACGAGUCGAUGCCAAAGGUAUGAAUGAAUGAUGGAGUGUUGCUACAACAGGGGUCCAGUAUUUACAGAUUUACCUACUUUAAAACUCUCAGAAUAGUGAUAUUUUUGGUCAAUCUUUAUUUUCAUAUAACGGACGUUUUCAGGACGAUUCCUGUAGAAAUCGCACUUGAUGAUGUAUUAUAAAAUAUAAAUCCUGAACAAACAAAAAAAGAGCGAAUAAAUCAUGUGUUCUUCCUUAACAAACCGAGCCGCUCUGCUCUGUGAGAGUGUGUAACUGGGCAGAAAGUUGUGGAAUGGAAUGAUGAUGUGUAAACGUCCAUAUUUCACGCCUCUCUUGGCGGCAUUAAAUAUUUUUUAAUCCUG